AUGCAUGUCUUCGCCGCCUUGUGCUUCGUGCUCCUUGCCUUCCAACAAGAAGCAGCUGCUGUUCCUGCCGGGACCGGCAUCACGCAUCCUCCGUCGUUAGGGCCCUUCGAGCCUGUACAUUUCGCCUCACACGCUCAGACCCAAUGCGCCGCCUCGCGAGGGCCGUUCACAUGGCUACGGGACUCAGUUAUCGAACGGGUAUGGGGUAUUGACAGAGGGCAACAGUCCCUGAACAAGCCAGGCCCACGCCCUCAGCCGGAGAAGUCAUGGAGUCGAUACGGAAGCGACAUUGUGGUACGCUUCGAAGUCCGUCGCGCAGAUGAAGUGGAGGCUCUAUCAGAAGCAAUAGAUAUUCUUUUUUUAGAUGUCUGGGAUUCAACCGACGAACACGUAGAUAUUCGACUGGCAAAGGAAGUCGUCCCAUCGUUGCUAGGUCUACUUCCCCAGUCACUUCAGAAAUCUCAUACCCUGCUCAUCGAAGACCUUCCUAAGGCGAUCUACGCAUCGCAGCAUUCGGCUCGUGGUUUCCGGCACCAUGACUUUGAGCGCGCCUUUUCUAGUCAUACUUCUCCUCGACCAUUGGAUGCCGACGAUCUAUUCUUCCAUGACUACCAGCCAUUCCCCGUUAUCCUUCAGUGGAUGAAACUACUUGUGUCCAUGUUCCCAUCCCACUCAGAAUUGAUCAAUGUUGGGUAUACCUACGAGGGUCGAGGUAUUCCGGCUAUUCGACUGGGCGUGCGCUCGUCCGACGCUGAACACAAUCAGGCCCGCAAAACGGUGAUGAUUGUCGGCGGUUCACACGCGCGUGAAUGGAUAGGCACUUCCACGGUGGCCUACAUUGCGUUUCAAUUGAUUACCGAGUUUGGUAGUUCCGCGCCCAUAACCAGGUUACUAGAAGAUUUUGAUUGGGUUCUUGUGCCUACCAUCAACCCUGAUGGCUAUAUAUAUUCAUGGGAGAUGGAUCGGCUAUGGCGCAAAAACAGACAGCCAACGGGCCUCUCUUUCUGUCCAGGAAUUGACCUCGAUCGGUCUUGGGGCUACGAGUGGAACGGUGAAGGAGGCCGAGCCAAUCCCUGCUCCGAGAGCUAUGCUGGCAGCAAAGCCUUUGAAAGCGUGGAAGCGAGGUCUAUCGCAGAAUGGGCGUACAACCAAACGCAAAGCAGCAGUGCCGAUUUCGUCGGCUUUCUGGAUCUCCACGCCUAUUCCCAGCAAAUCCUGUAUCCCUUCUCAUAUUCCUGCUCUACUGUGCCACCCACGUUGGAAAAUCUUGAGGAAUUGGCUUUCGGACUUGCUAAGGCAAUCAGAGUGACUAAUCAAGAAAAUUAUAUGGUCAGGUCUGCUUGCGAAGGAGUCGUGACGACCAACGACAGGCAAGGCCGACGUGUUUCCGCUAACGUGGAAAGUACCGGCGGCAGUGCCCUGGACUGGUUUUACCACCAGGUUCAUGCCAAAUUCUCAUACCAGAUCAAGUUACGCGACAAGGGAAUGUACGGAUUCCUUUUGCCUCCCGAACAUAUUGUCCCCACAGGUCGCGAACUGUUCAAUUCGAUCUUGGUGUUGGGCCAUUUCCUGUUGGGAGAAAGCGCGAGUGAUACUGAAUGGGAUUUUAUCACCGACUCCGAAUCUCCGUCGACAGACACCAGCCAUACUCAUACAUUUGAUCAUUAUUUCUCCGACGUGGAUGAGGAGGAAGAGCUGGAUGAUGAACCGGAUUAUUUCUCGGCAGUACAGGAUAAUGAAUAUGAAGACGAGGGUUGGGGCUUGUGGUAA